AUGCGGCCUUUGUUAGACGAUGCUAAACGGCAACCGGAACGGGCGGAUCAGAGGUUGAGUGCAAGCAUGAGACCUUAUUCUGGCCAGCGUUUCCUUGCCGAUCGAUUGCCGGAGCGAUUUAAAGAUGGCGAUGAUGCCCAGGUCGAUUAUUCUGCUCCGCCGCAGAACAUGCGUUCCAGAGAUGGCCAUAUGCACUAUAUGCAACAGUCUCUAUUCUCCGUUCUUGCUGCAGUUGGCUCCAGAUCUGAUUUCCGGGGUCGCUUCGAUGACUCGAGCGAUAGCGAGGAGAGACCGGAGAAACUCAUACAAAGACCGGCCUGCAGUUCAUCGGACCGACGUCGCACCAGCAGGAAUGCGGAUAUAACCCUACAAGACGAGGCAGAGGAGCGAGGACGCCGUCAUCAAAGGACGAAAUCAGAGAACAAACUAUUGCGAAGGAUACCUGGAGUAGGAUCCCAGGACAAACCAGAUGAGCCGCUAGCGGCCAGUGCAGCGACUCUCAAACUACCAGCGAGGCGAACCCGUAGUGCUACUCCCCGGGCAGCUCCCAUCCUCACUCGCAUGGUACAAGCUCAGAACCGAUUUGACACCGCCGCGACGCCCGAAGAUCCGCCGUCUAGGCCUGAUUCUCCAGGUCAUGAUCGCCCAGAACCAUCUUCUUCUGCCCUGUCCACGCGGCUGAUGGAGAUGUUUGGUUUCGAAAGGCCUGAAAAGGUCUUGGUAGAAUAUGCCUGCGCUCUGCUGCAGAGUAUGCUCCUUCAGGGAUACAUGUAUGUCACGGAAGGGCAUAUCUGCUUCUAUGCCUACCUCCCGAAGAAGUCGACCGCAGCCAUCAAGUCUGGAUCCCUCUCGAAGCGUGGUCGGAAAAAUCCCAAGUACAACCGCUACUGGUUUGUUUUGAAGGGCGACGUCUUGUCAUACUACGCCGAUCCUUCAAACCUUUACUUUCCAAGUGGCCAUGUAGAUCUGCGGUACGGGAUCUCCGCGUCUCUCGCGGAGACUAAAUCCCAAGACUCUGAUGUGAAGGAUUUUCAAGUCACAACCGAUCAGCGAACUUAUUAUUUCAGGGCUGACAGCGCCACAAGCGCAAAGGAGUGGGUGAAAUCUCUCCAGCAGGUCAUAUUCCGUUCCCACAAUGAAGGAGACAGUGUCAAGAUCGCAUUCCCCAUUGAGAGUGUGAUUGAUUUGGAGGAGAGUCCCAUGGCCGAGUUUGCUGAAACGUUCAAAAUUCGUGUCCUAGAUAACAACGAGACCUAUGCCAUCGACGAGUAUUUCUUCACGUUCUUCAAUUCCGGACGAGAUGCUUUUAACUAUCUAAAGAGCAUGGUCAAUUCCUCCCCCGCGAAGAACUUAUCGGAUGAGUCCCCUCACAAGGGCGAUGACAAAGCUCAACAUGGAAUCAGCACAAGAGAUUCCACUAUAAUGGCUGCCGACAGCAGACGCCUGUCUGUUCAGACAGAUGAUCAGUCCCCACACGGUCGAAGCACAAGCAUCGAGAAUGAUCCACAAGAUUCCGCAGAUUCGUUUGCUCCGUCAAUAGACCGAGGGACGGAAUCAUCGCGUACCGUUCAGUCAAUCACCGAGACCAAUGAAUCGGCGAGUCAAAUACUCAACCGCAGUGACGUCUUCCAGUCACCCACCAUGCGAUCUCUCCCAAGGCGUUCAUCUGAUGUGGUUGAUGCUGGUCGGCGACGAUCGGAUGAUACUGCUCGAUCCGCAUCUGCGCGACUGGGCCAUAUGGUGCGACGAGAUAGCUCGGGUCUAUCCAGUCCCAACAGAAACGCAGAGGAUCUCCGCAUCGCCCGCGGAUCCGCUGAUCAAAGGAUCCCACAUGCUUCUCGGCAUCCCCCUGGUAUGCCCUUGAACGAUCUCGUGAAAGCUGGAGCGUACCCUCUCCAGCGUGCUGCUGGAUUUGCCGAGUACCUCAAAAGCAGAUCCAAGCAGAUGAGUAGCUUACUGGCAACGGAAUCAAUGGGCUAUAUUGAGAAGGUCUCUGGCAUGUGGGCAGGAGGUCAAAAGCAUUACGGCGAGACUGAAGAAGUGCUUCACGAUGACCCAACAGUCGAUCCGGAGGACAAGGAAGACGGGCUCAAACAUGGAGACCGGUUCCGAGCGCAUUUCGGUCUACCUCCCACGGAGCAUCUCCAAGCAACAUACUACGCAUACCUGACUCGCGUUCUCCCUUUAUACGGAAAAAUAUAUCUCAGCGAGAGGAAGAUUUGUUUUCGUAGUUUGCUUCCCGGCACUCGCACAAAGAUGAUUUUACCGCUCAAAGACGUCGAGAAUGUGGAGAAGGAGAAAGGAUUCCGGUUCGGCUACCAAGGACUUGUUGUCAUAGUUCGCGGUCACGAGGAGCUUUUCUUCGAGUUCAAUUCGGCCGAUGCACGAGACGACUGUGCUGUCACAUUGCAUCAAAACUUGGAGUCCGUCAAGUACCUGGUGGAAUCUGGCAUGCUUGCAGAGGAAGAGCGAGACCGAGUUGAAGCUGCUAAAGCGGAGCAUCGCAUGCUUCAAGAGGCGAGACUUGACACUCCCGAAGAGCAUGACACCCACCCAGCGCUCAAUGAGAGCUCGUCGGAAAUCUCUCCAUUCUUUGACGAUCCUCGCGCUUCGAUCAUCAAUUUCAAGCCAACUGAGUCUCUGAAGAUCACUUGUCUAACAAUUGGCUCCCGGGGUGAUGUGCAGCCCUACAUUGCGCUGUGCAAGGGACUCCUCGCCGAAGGCCACAAGCCAAAGAUCGCAACCCACGCUGAAUUUGAGCCGUGGAUUCGCAGUCAUGGCAUUGAUUUCGCUCUCGUGGAUGGAGAUCCCGCCGAGUUGAUGCGUAUCUGUGUGGAGAAUGGGAUGUUCACAUACUCUUUCCUCCGGGAAGCUACGUCAAAGUUUAGAGGGUGGAUUGAUGACCUGCUGUCCUCAUCAUGGGCCAGCUGUCAAGGAAGUGAUGUUCUUAUCGAGUCGCCAAGUGCAAUGGCAGGCAUUCAUAUUGCAGAGGCCCUUCGAAUUCCCUAUUUCCGCGGCUUCACCAUGCCAUGGUCAAGGACUCGGGCAUACCCACAUGCCUUUGCGGUGCCAGAAACGCGCAUGGGAGGAGCUUACAACUACAUCACGUACGUGAAUCGCUGGCGUAAUAACGAGUUGGGUCUCAAAGCCACUACUUUGGACAAGAUGCAACAGAACAAAGUCCCAUUUUUGUACAAUUACUCGCCUUCUGUGGUGCCACCGCCUCUCGAUUAUCCAGAUUGGAUUCGCAUCACAGGCUACUGGUUCUUGAAUGAGGGUUCCAACUGGACUCCACCUGCUGAGCUUUCUGCUUUUAUCGAACGAGCUCGUGCUGAUGGCAAGAAGAUCGUCUACAUUGGCUUUGGGUCGAUUGUUGUCUCAGACCCGGCUGCUUUAACACGGACGGUUAUUGAGUCAGUCAAAAAGGCCGAUGUUCGAUGUAUCCUUUCCAAAGGAUGGUCGGAUCGACUUGGUGAUCCUUCUAGCCAGAAGAUUGAAACUCCCCUUCCACCGGAAAUCCACCAAAUUCAAUCGGCACCUCACGACUGGCUAUUCUCACAGAUUGAUGCUGCUGCUCAUCAUGGAGGAGCAGGUACAACCGGAGCGAGUCUACGAGCUGGCGUUCCUACAAUCAUCAAACCCUUCUUUGGCGAUCAAUUUUUCUUCGGGUCACGCGUGGAGGAUCUAGGUGUGGGGAUCUGCAUGAAGAAACUAAAUGUCAGUGUCUUCUCUCGGGCGUUGUGGGAGGCUACGCAUAGCGAGCGAAUGAUCGUGAAGGCUCGAAACUUGGGCCUACAAAUUCGUAAUGAGGACGGCGUCGCUACAGCGAUCCAAUCUCUUUAUAGAGAUAUGGAGUACGCGAAGACACUCGCACGUCAGCGCUCCAUUGCCUCGUCUACGCCCUUCUCACCUACCCCCUCCGCACAGGCCUCGCCAGAUCACGACGACGACGAUGUCGACGACAUUGAAGAGUGGACGUUCGUCGGCGACGAGAAUGAGAUAGAGCUUACGAAGCGAAUGCGUGAUUUGUCUGCAUCCGACCGCGAGAAAGUGGCUUCGUCUAUGUUCCAAUGA